UCAGGAUUUACAAGUCAGCUGUUCGCUGGCGUGCUGUUCUCUUAAGAACAUUAAAUAAGUUUUCUAUCUUAUUGGGAUUUCAAAGUAUGACUGUAAACAACAUGGCGGAUCCAAGAAGAGCUAACAAGAUUUUUCGCUACAAGGCUCCAAACACAGAAACGAACCCCACACUGGAAGACCCUACACCAGAUUACAUGAACCUGCUGGGUAUGAUCUUCAGUAUGUGUGGCUUGAUGCUCAAGCUUAAAUGGUGUGCGUGGAUUGCUGUGUACUGUUCGUUCAUAAGCUUUGCAAAUUCACGAAGCUCAGAAGAUACCAAACAAAUGAUGAGCAGCUUCAUGUUAUCCAUAUCUGCGGUCGUGAUGUCGUAUUUGCAAAACCCACAGCCCAUGUCACCACCGUGGUAACAAAUGAUCCAAACGCAAUGGGCCAUCUCAGCAGGGUAAUGGUAUAAGAGCCAGAGAAAAACAGCUGAUCCUCCCACUGUCCUUCUGGAAGCAGAGGGACACACACUCAUCACCGCAGCUGGCGAAUCACAGGCUGAAAAAAUGACCAAUUAAGCUCCUGUUUGAUCUUUGUUUUCUCUGUGCUCUCAAUUCACGACUGUUGCUGUUAUGUGUGGUUUGACCAUGAUAUGGUAAAAUACUAAUAUAUUAAUGAUUUUAUGGAGUAAAUUACAGUUUUCGUGUUUUGUUUAAACUCUUAAUAAGAUUACAUUUUUGCAUUUUAAUUACAAUUGAUCUGAAUUACAAUGACUUUUUUGUAGCUACCUGUACAUCUACAAAUACAGGGUUUUCUUUACAGAUCAGAGAAGUCAUCCAUCUGCUUUUCUACAAAUGUGAACCCUAAAAUAAACCAUUUUCGAAGAACA